GCAAUUUUAUCUGGUAUGCCCUGUUUUCCUUCCAGACUAACUUUGAAAAACUUUCACUACAACCCCAAUGACCUUGAUGACCUCAACGUCUUCUGUGUGAGCCACAAACCACGUGACCGUGCCACCUGUGACGCCACCUCGGUCUCCAUAAAAAAUGCGCUGAACGUGCCCAAGUUGGAUAAGGUGAAUGAACAGAUUCGUGGAGAGAAAUCCCCGAGUGAUGUCUUCGCCCUUCGCACGGUGUCCGCUAGCUCUUACUACAAUGUGCAAACUGAGGCGUACUAUGGCAUGGGGCAGAAAAUGAGCCAACCAUUGGAUGAUACAGAUGGCUUGAACACAAUGGUAGGACUACCCAACCAGCAGACUACUCAACUGGAAGGUACAGGCGUUCAUAUUGAUCAACUGGCAGAUGGUGUUUCUCGUGUCGUGAUCCAAAGCGGGCAGGAAGAAUUGGAUGUUCCAGCCCCCGUCAGCGCUGAAGCCCCGUCACUGAGCAGAAUGACGUCACAAUCUGACGAUGUGUUUCCCUUAACCGAUCCUGUCGUUGCUCCGGAUGAUUUGGAGAAGGAGGUGGCAGAGGACGCUCAACAACCACCACCUUCGACUGUAAACGGAGUUGGGAUAUCAUCGUCGUCACCAAUGUCCUCUAUUUCAUCUACAUCCUCUUUGUCAACGAAUUCGAGUCGCCUCGACCGCCCCUCAGCACAAAGUCUGACCCAGGAGAUGCUUCAAGACACUGAAACGUCCGACUCUAUCGCUCAGACCCCACAGACAAUUGUCAACGCUCACCCAAUCGACGGCGCUCCUGCAGUCUCGGCCACAACGUCUGCCAGACCCUCUUCUAGGCCGCCGACACCUGUCCACUUCCGGAUCCCCUCCGGUACGAGCGAGGGCAGCCCGCGCAGUUCCACCAGCAGCAGGGGAAGUUAUCUCAUUGACCCAGAACCAGACACAGAGCCGGUUUCGACUCCUCCACUUCCACCACCUCAGGUUUCUACUGCAUUUACGCGCGCUGACAGACCCAGCAGUUCCGGAUCCUACGAGCACGUCCGCGUCAAGCCUGCCCAACGUAUGCUGGUCAAAAGUCAGAGCAGUAAUGAUGUCAUAUCUCGACCGCCCGUUGAUAUGUCUCGCCAACUGUCUAGAAACGAAAGCAUGAGGGCAGAUCGUCCUUCCCAGAAUUCGUAAGUGCGCUUGCUUUCUUACUGCCCCAAUGCUUAUGGACCAGUAGGGGCAGCAGUUAAAGGUAUCCCCUCCUGAGUGUGUCACACUUACGUCUGGAUAAUAUGCUGCCGAAUUGCUCGUGGUUCUGUGACUGUGCUAGGGAUUUAUGAGAGCUUCUUCAACUGUUGGGGGUCAAAGUCAAAUGUUGGCUACACGUGAGAAAGCAACAUUCAACCCAUUUUCUCCUCAAAGCUCUUAAAGUUCAUGACUGUUUUCACAUCCUCAUCAGAUCUAAUUCAAAAGCACCUACCUACUUCGAGAGAUGACGACUCCCACUUCUGCUAAGAUCGAAAGAGUGCAGUUUCUAAUACAAGCUCAAAUUACCCACCCUAGUCUACCUCGUACUUCAAGCCCUGUGCAAUUUCCUGGAAUAGAUACUAUAGAUACUAGUUACCAGUUGACAAGGCGACAAAGAAGAGGAAGGAGAGGGACACUUAGUAUAGUGCGGACAUUCUAAUGAUAAUUUUAUGUUUCAAAGACUGCAUAACUAUUAGAUCAUUGAAGGGUGGAACGUAUGGCUCUCAUGCCAAUAUGAUUAUUUCCCCUCUCGGAACAAAAAAAAAAGGAGCAGGAAUGGGCGCUUUAAAUUCAAAAUUCUUACAACAUGGCUCAACAAUUCAGGAUUCGUCAAUUUUCAUUCUGGCUUACCGAUAAUGUUGUUCCCAAACCACAGGUUGUCCAUGAGUUUCGAAUGCCCCCCCCCCCCAAAAGCCCAAAAGGUCUCUCGAAUCAGGUGAGUCAUAUUCACUAACACAAAGACCAUUUUUGCCAGAGACAUUGGUGUCAUAAGUAAAUGUUCGGAAGGAACAUUGCCAGGACAGGAGAUACCAUCUUAACUGUGCAUAUCACGUGUUCCUAUUUAUGGGAAUUUUAUAUUUCACAGACUUUGUUCAACGGUUAUAAAGGGCGACUAAGAUACCACGUUAUUUGUUUCAUUGCAUGAAACAAGGUGCACAUUGGGCUAUCAUAAAGUAUGGUGUUUCGUUCAUUCGUCUUUUUUGUAUAAUAUGUGCUUAUCUGUCUGUCUGUACCCCCAGGGGCGGUGCCACUGACUGAAGUGUCUUUAAUUCCCAAAGGGGAGACAUUUC